UCACACCCUCACUUCAAUUCCUCUUAUCUCUAUCUCUCUAUCUAUCUAGUUAUGUUCUUAACACCCCAUGAUUUGAAUUAUUGAGAAACAAUAUAUAAUAGUUAUUAAUAUUAAACAAAUCAAGCAAUCAUCAUCAUCAUCAUCUAUAAUUUCAUGUAAAAUCUUCAUUCAAUCUUGUAACAUAUAAUUAUAUAUAGAUAAUAAAUUGAUUAUUAAGGUGGAUCCAAGGCAUGGAAAGAGGUCACUUUCAUUGGAAGAAGCACAAAAGGAGGAAGAAGAACAUCAUGAACACUUGUUCCCAAUUUAUUCUGAAAGAUCUCAACAAGACAUGUCGGCUAUGGUUUCUGUCCUCACACAAGUCAUGGGAGGAGGCAUCCCAAAUGACCCUUUAACCCCUUCUCAUCAAUCUACUAAUCACAAUGAUCAACAAUCUCAACCACCAUCACAAGAUCAAGGGAACAUAAGAAGAAGACAUUAUAGAGGGGUGAGACAAAGGCCAUGGGGGAAAUGGGCGGCGGAGAUUCGAGAUCCACAAAAGGCGGCUAGGGUUUGGCUUGGAACUUUUGAAACUGCCGAGGCGGCUGCACUCGCAUAUGACGAGGCAGCCCUUAGAUUCAAAGGAAGCAAAGCUAAACUCAAUUUUCCUGAAAGAGUUCAAGGAACUGGCGAAUUUGGUAAUUAUCUCACGAAUUUUCAACAAAAUAAUAGUCACCAUCAGAUUCAAUAUCAGAAUACAACAACUCAACAAAGUGUUCAAUAUCCAUCACAAGGAAUAAUGGCAAGUGACGGUGGAUUCGAUUAUAAUCAACAGAACAUGUAUUUUGUUCCGUCUCAUUAUCAACACUAUUCAUCAUCUUCUUCUUCAUCUUCCGAACCACCACAUCAACAUUAUAACCAACAACAAGAACUUAUGAGAUCAUAUUCAUUGCAAUAUGGGGGUUCUUCUUCUUCUAGUGAUCAUCAUUAUCAUCAUCAGCAAUAUCCUCCUAAGAAUUGGAAUGAUGAUGACAUGGAUGGUAGACAAUAAUAUUUUCAAGAGAAUUAUAUAUACAAGAUACAUUCAUAUGCAUGCAUGCAUUUCAAAUGUUGAUUUCUUUACUUUUUUUUUCCCAUCUUGGUUGAUGGA